AUGGCUUCUCAACCUUUGCAUGAAUCAAAGAGAUCAAAAGCUAAGAGAGCACUACGUUCCCUAGGUAUAGGAAUUGCAAUUCCCAUUGCUCUCACAUUGACAAUAAUCAUCCUCUUUGGAUCAGGCAGAAAGUACAAUGUCUUAGCCAAACCAUUUUGGUUUGCACCACUUUGGUAUAUUCAUUUAGCCACGUUGGGUUCAUCUUUCUUCAUGGGUCUAGCUGCUUGGUUAGUUUGGGCUGAUGGUGGAUUUCAAGGUGAAACAGAUGCAUUGUCUUUCUAUAUAGCACAUGUCUCUCUAAGCAUUGUUUGGCAUCCACUUGUUCUUGUUAUGAAUGCUUAUUGGCUUGCCUUGGCUUCUGGUAUUCUUGAUUGUGCUACCCUUUUUAUUGUUUACUUGAGGUUUAAAAAGGUUAAUCCUUUUGCUAAAGAUUUGGCUAAACCAUGUUUGGCUUGGACUGCUUAUCUUACUCUUAUUAGCUUCAAGCUAAUGCUUCUUUGA